UCCAGAGACAUCCUUCUCCCCAAAGAAUAAAUCUUUGUAUCGUCAUGCGAGUUGGUUUCCUUGGCCUGGGUGUUAUGGGCACGCCUAUGGCUCGCAACCUAUCGCGCAAGUUCCCUCUUAUCGUCUGGAAUCGGAGCGCUGCUAAAUACUCGGCAUUGAAAGAGGAAGGGGUCACGAUUGGAGAAUCACCCACCAGUGUGGUCAAGCAGUCAGACAUCAUCUUCAUUAUGCUUUUCGAUGCAUGGGCGAUCAAAUCGAUACUAAGUGACGACUUCAAGCGAGCGCUGCGAGGGAAGACAUUGAUCAAUACCAGCUCGGUAUCUGUUGAGUUCAGCAUGUCCCUUGCUGAGCAAAUUCAUCAAGGCGGCGGUGACUUUAUCGAGAUGCCUGUCAGCGGCAGCAAGGUUCCCGCUGAGAAGGCUCAGCUUGUCGGGAUGAUGGCGGGAGACGCCGCAGUCGCUCAGCGUAUCAAGCAAGUCGUUGAACCUAUCACUCGAGCUGCCAUAUUCUGCGGCCCCAUCGGUUCCGGCCUGAAAGCUAAAUAUGCCGUUAACACCCUUCUGGUUACCUAUACCGUCGGUUUGGCGGAAUCUAUGAACCUCGCCCGGGCACAGGGUAUCGAUCUCGCCGCAUUUGCAGAAGUUCUUGACGCUUGUCCCAUGGCAUCUGCGUAUUCAAAGAUCAAGGUUCAAAAGAUUUUGAACGAGGAUUGGUCCCCCCAGGCAACUCUUAAGGAUUGCUACAACAGUACGCAACUCAUUCAAAAUGCUGUGAAGCUGGCGAAUACUAGGUCGCCAAGUAUGGCGAUUUGUGAUAAGCUGUAUCAGACGGCAGUGGACGCAGGUCUCAGCGAAGAAGAUAUGAUUUCAAUUGCAAAAGUGAUUGAAACAUCGCAGAUUUAGAGACAUGAAAAUGUCUCACCUAUCUCGUUGAGAAAUCAGAGCGUCAUGUUAUUGUACUCUUAUUGUUCCCCUUUUAACUGUAGUUAGACCUUUCAUUUCUU